AGCGCGAGCGUCGGGUGGUGUUGGAGUGUGAUUGAAGCCGUUCAGUGAAGCAACCACCGCGGGAGGGAGAGCAGCGAGUCUCGGCGUUACUUGCACAAUUUUGAUAGAGUAUUCCCUUUAAAAUGGCGUACCACAGUCCGUACAAAGCUCCUCCGCACAUUAACGCUCCUCCGGAUCAAGGUUUCCUGUGGAAUAUCUUUCAGAGGGUCGACAAGGACCGGAGUGGCGUGAUAUCAGACUCGGAGCUUCAGCAGGCCUUAUCGAAUGGCACAUGGACUCCUUUCAACCCAGUGACGGUACGCUCCAUCAUAUCCAUGUUCGACAGGGAAAAUAAAGGCGGGGUGAACUUCAACGAGUUUGCCGGCGUGUGGAAGUACAUCACAGACUGGCAGAACAUCUUCAGGACCUACGACAGAGACAACUCUGGUUUCAUUGACAAGAAUGAGCUCAGGCAGGCACUGACUGGAUUCGGUGAGCAGCAGCAAAGCUAUCGUCUAUCAGAGCAGUUCUAUGGCACGCUGAUAGACAAGUUCGACCGCCAGAGGAAGGGACAGGUGGCCUUUGAUGACUUCAUCCAGUGUUGUAUUGUACUACAGAGGUUGACUGAUGUCUUCAGGCGGUAUGACACAGACCAGGACGGCUGGAUCCAGGUUUCAUAUGAACAGUAUCUAUCCAUGGUCUUCAAUAUAGUAUAACGCACACGGAUCACCACAGAAGAGCACAACUGGACACAACUGUGCCAAAUCUACCGGCACCUCCCAGAUGUCUGCCAUGGUGGACACUACAAGAUUUUUUUUAAACCUAAAUUUCACACAGUUUCACACAAAUUUAUAAAAAAAAUAAUACAUGAAUACUGAAAGGAACCUUUAGUUUGUCGAGGUUGUGAUACCCUCCAGUACUGACAGUAUUUAUCUGGAGGUACAACUACAAUGCUUGAUGUAUCUUAAAAAAAAUCUUGUAGUGUUUUGUUGUAUGACCAAUCAGAGCUACGUCUGUGUUGGGGUUGGGGAAUAUUAUGGACACACCCUGUCUUUCUGUCUGUCAGUCUGUCUGUUAUUGUCGACAAACUUUUUAAUGUCUUAACUUUAAUUAACACAAUU